CCUCGCCGCGAGCCCACGAACGCGACCAAUCUCCGCCGCCGUUGAGCUCGAGCUCUAGUACUAGACCACGACCACCUCUGCUCCCAUGGCCAGCUCCGUCGGCGACAGCACCGCUGCAGCUAACGGCGGCGGCGGCGCAGCAGCAUCAGCGGCGCCACCGGAGGCUGCGGGGAAGGGGAGCGCCACCAUAUCCGUCACCGUCGUCCUCCUCGUGCUGCUGGUGGCCUCCGUCGCGGCGUUCCUGAUGUCGCCGCAGCCGGGCGGCGGCAAGCCACCGGUGGAGGGAGUAAGCGGCGGCGGCGACAGCGACGGCACCCGCGGCGGCGGCGGCGGCUUAGAGGGUGUCAAGGGCGCCGAGCCGGUCGAGCAGGCGGUGGGCCCCGGCGCCGCCGCCAUCCCCGGAUUCAACAGCCGGCUCGACGCGUUCCGCGCGUGGGCCAAGCUCACCUGGAUGAAGCUCCGGCGGCCACACUCCGGCGAGCCCCGGAGGUAUGAUGACGACGCGGGGAGCUCCGGCUCGGCGGCGGACGCGGCCAAGAGGAGCCUGGAGAUGACCAAAGAGACGGUGGAGCAGGCGGCGGCGUCCGCGGCGAGAGCGGCGGGGAACGCCGUGGGGAAGGCCAGCGACAAGGUGAAGGGAGCUGCCUCGCCGGCGAAACGGGCACCCUCCGACGCGGAGCUCUGAGCACACAGGAGGACACGUUGCGCAAAACACCCUCAUCGGCUCAGCCUUCUUCGCCCACUGUUUUUUUUUCCUCGAAGAAAUUCUGCCAGUGUUAAUUAACUAGCCUCUGUUCUAUGAUGUAUGGAUUGAACUGAAUAUUUGUAUCCUGUGAAUCUGAUGUACAUAUUUCCACUGUACUAUAUACAGUAGUGUGAUCCGUCCUGUUAGAAUCGACGGAAAUAAAAAAUGUUCAGGCAGAGUUGCAGUUGCCGCCGUCA